CGGGGCUGUCUCGGCCAGGCAGCUCUGCUCACUUUGUCCCUUUUGGCAGCAGAUCAAAGAGUUUUGAGGAAACGGUCGCCCUAGGCUAACUCUUCCCUUUAAAUUUCGAGCCCAGAGAGAUCCGCGCACAGCGGGUCGGGCCAGCACAGCCAUCCACGUGCCACAGUAGAGAGGUGUUCUGAGCGCAGCUCCACCGACGCCCCGCACCAGCGGACCCCUGAGCCGAAGUCCAUCCUCUGUCUCAACUGCGCCAGAAUUGCUCCGCAGCCUCAGCCCUGGGAGGGCGAUCCCAGCACCCGAGAGCCCGAUGCCCGCCCACAUGCUGCAGGAGAUCUCCAGCUCCUAUGUGACCACCACCACCAUCAGAUCACCUCCAAAUGAGGGUCUCCAUGAUGGAGAACAAAAAUUGGAGAAGAUGUCCCUUUACUCAGCAGAAGACAUCCGCCCUGAAAUGAAAGAUGAUAUAUAUGAUCACAGCUAUCAGGAUGCCGAGGGUCCCACACCCAAGCUUGAGUAUGUCUGGAGAAACAUCAUCCUCAUGGGCCUGCUGCACCUGGGAGCCCUGUAUGGGGUCAUACUGGUUCCCACCUGCAAGUUCUACACUUGGAUCUGGGCCUAUGUGUACUAUUUAAUCAGUGGUCUGGGCAUCACAGCAGGAGCUCAUCGCCUGUGGAGCCACCGAACUUACAAAGCGCGGCUGCCCCUGCGGCUCUUCCUGAUCAUUGCCAACACCAUGGCGUUCCAGAAUGAUGUUUAUGAAUGGGCCCGAGAUCACCGCGCCCACCACAAGUUCUCAGAAACACAUGCUGACCCUCACAACUCUCGCCGUGGCUUCUUCUUCUCUCACGUGGGUUGGCUGCUGGUGCGCAAACACCCAGCUGUCAAAGAGAAGGGGGCGACCCUGGACCUAUCUGACCUAAAAGCUGAGAAGCUGGUGAUGUUCCAGAGGAGGUACUACAAGUCCGCUGUUCUGUUGAUGUGCUUCAUCCUGCCCACACUGGUGCCCUGGUUUUGUUGGGGUGAAACUUUUGCACACAGCUUGUACGUCGCCUCUUUACUGCGAUAUACCAUAGUGCUUAAUGCCACCUGGCUGGUGAACAGUGCUGCCCACCUCUAUGGAUACCGCCCCUAUGACAAGAAUAUCAACUCCCGGGAGAAUAUCCUGGUUUCCCUGGGAGCUGUGGGCGAGGGUUUCCACAACUACCACCACACCUUCCCCUAUGACUACUCUGCCAGUGAGUACCGCUGGCACAUCAACUUUACCACGUUCUUCAUUGAUUGCAUGGCUGUCCUCGGCCUGGCUUACGACCGGAAGAAAGUAUCCAAGGCCACUGUCUUGGCCAGGAUUAAAAGAACUGGAGAUGGAAGCUCUAAGAGCAGCUGAGUUUGAGGUUGUCCAGGGUCCUGUUCCAAAAUCCAGUAGAGGUUUAAUGUUCUGUUAAUUAACUACUGAGUAAUGCUACCUGGAUGCUAAAGAUGAUGACCUUAACACAUUCCGGUUCAGUAAAUGACAAGUACUGAAGGGCAACAACUCCCCUCUUUGAUGCUAAAACAAUAUUCAUUUCUUCUCUGUCUUUAUUUCCAUUGUCCUUUUCUUUGCUUGGUUCCUAUCAUCUUCCUUUCUCUUCUCCCUAUUGCCUCCCAGGCAAGCAUCUGGUCAGCCGCAGGUCGGUGUCCAAUGUAAAAGCCUAGCAAUCUUCCAAGAGCUUAAAAGCAAAGGAUUUACUUCAGAUACUCUCAUGCUUGAUCUCUCCUGAACUUUAAGGCAGGUGGCUCCACUUAGCUAUGCAACAAAAUCUUCUCAAAAGUGCUCAUUAACUGUCAUUAUACGCUUUGCUAGAUGGAAGAUGAAAAUAACUAUUUAUCACAGAGCUUGCAAAGUAGGUCAUUCAUCAGGGGAGAGUGAGCAUGCCGGAUAUGAUUUCUAAGUAAGGGUGUGGUUGAGGUGGGAAAGUUCUUUUUGUAGUCAGACCCAGCUGCCUACCUAGCAGAGACCUGGAGCCUCUCCACCCAGUAUGCAUCCUUUCUCUCCUGACUGAUUAGAGGAUGGCCAUGCAGGUUGGCAAUGUUAGAUUACAGCAGCACAUCUUAAUGUCUCAAUAUAGUUUAGACUGAGGAUAAAUGGGAAGCAUAUAGUUCUUAGGAAAAGUGAUCUCUUCUGGGGAAAAAAAAAAAUUCCCCCUGUAUUAAGGAGAUUUGUUAUUUUAUAGAUGAAUGAGUUGUCGACUGUGUCCGGAAGUGAUGGAUACAGCAAGAGCUCAUUGAGUUGUGAGGAUUCCGUGAGCUGCUUGUCCAACUUCUUUCAUCUUUCUGCUGUGCUAUCUUCAGGAUUUUGGUCACUGCCCUUGUAGUAAUAGGAUGGCUGUGGCAUUUCCAAACAUCCAACAAUGGAAAAUUUUUAGCAGGUGAACUUGGGUCAGAGUUAAACGUGUAUAGACAUAAUUUGUAUUGCAGCAUGAAAAUAUUCACUGGGAGUAUUUCCCUCUGAAAAAGAAAUGCUAAAAAAGCUUGAAGGAGAAGAGAAGCCCAUUGGUUUACCCAUUCCUCCCACUGCUGGGCAGGAGAUGGACAGUUGGAGGGGCAGGGUCUAUGGGCAGCUCCUGAGAGAUCACUUUCCGAAGGAAGAGCUCUGACAGCACAUUGCCCAAGGGUUCAAAAGUCACUGAGUAAUUUGUUGGGUGUUCUAGUAAACUGAGUUAGAUAGUGGGUCCAUUUAUUCAUUACAUUUUCUCCUUACAUAGAAUAAAACAUAGGCUUCCUCCCCUAGUGUUGUACCUUUUCAUGCAUCCUUGCUUUGUGACCAUCAGAUUGCAUAUAGGACUGCCUGGGUGGGUCAGGAAUUUCUUAACUGUUUCUAGUUUUCUGGCUCUACUCCAUCUGUCAUCUUUCCUCUGCUGGUUCACUCUGUUCUCCAAUGUUUUCUUCUUGUUUGAAGAGUCAGCCUCCUAUGUCUGUUCAGGGAAGUGAGAACUUGCUAUCUAGGCAGCUCCCUGUCCUGUGGACACAAAUCUCAUGAGCACAGAACUAUUGUUUCUCUUUAGCAAGGAGAGCUGACUGUCUCUUUGCUGGUCUCCAGAUCCUCUCCAACUUCACCCCUCUGUGCCUGUGCCACACUGAUAACUUCAGAAAGUGUAGUGAAUGCUCUAGAAAUAUUCCUGGCUCAGACAGCUUCAGUCUCCUGUGAAGCCAAAUGCCCACCAUACCAGUGAGCCAAUCUCAGAGCAAAGCAGGGUUAGAAGUUAGUCUCCUCUCUCUGGGUUGGAACAGAGAGCAUGCUCAGUGCCUCCUGCAUAUUCAGUAAGACUGCUUGCUCCCAGGGGACACUCAAUCCUUGUAGAAGGAGGAAGGACGCAUAGUCUUCACUGGGAAGCACAUGAAAUAAGGGCAAGUCCCAAGUGCCUCGUUUUGAAAGGGGGCCCCAGCCUGGAGCCAGAGUCUGCUGUAAACCUUUGGCUGAAAUGUGGGAUAUGAGAUGCCAUGAACUUUGCUGAAAAUAUUUGUGUCUGUUCAGCAAACUAAUCAACAUCCCCUACCACACAACCUAGGGCAGAAAGUAAGAUAGAAGAAGUCUAGAAAAACACAGAACACCACUAUUUGAAGACCAUGGACCUGUCCUGCCCUGAACCUCAGUCCUUAAAGCAGAAGCCUGACUCUGCUCUACCAGGAUCAGCAAUGUGCAAUCCCAAAUGCUCUGUCCACUGAGAUCUAGCCAUGGGAGGAAGCAGGGCCUUCCAGCCUGCAGUAAGGCAACCUGUCCUUAAGUUGUUCAUUUUAUUUAUUUUUUUUUUAAGUUGUUCAUUUUAGUAGAAAAUCACCUCAUGAAGAGCUGCCUACUCUGUGCCUAUCACCGGAAAUGUCUGUUGAAUGGUUUUAAUUCUACAGGUCAUCAAAUGUCUGCUUGAUAAUAUAUAAACAAUAAACUCAACCUUUCUCUUUUCUUCUCA